AUGUUGAGCGACGACCAAGAAUAUGUCGACAUCUCGACCAUCGGCAUCGACCAAGUCGCCCAGACACCUGCACCCCUUCCGUCUUCAUCUGAAAAGGCCACCGUCAGCUACUGGUUGGCCACCACGGCUGCUCACCAACUUCCCGACUCGCUAGACACCCUUCCCACCGAAUCUGACACUGUCAUCAUCGGGUCUGGCAUCACAGGUGUCUCGACCGCUUAUCAUCUCGUCACCUCUGCUCCAUCCUCGAAUUCGCCCAUUUCAUCCAUCACCAUCGUCGAAGCGCGCGAUUUCUGCUCUGGCGCCACAGGACGCAACGGCGGACACCUCUCAGAGGCUUCUGCGCUAGCGUACACCGAAAUCGCUGCCAAUCCUAACCACCUUCUCGGCACGCGCGCUUCGGGCCUCAGUGCAGAUGACAUCAAGGUAGAGUCUGCCAAAGUGGUCGAGCAAAUUCUGAAGUUCGAAAAGCGUACGGCUGAUGCUAUCCGCUCUCUCAUCGCGGAAGAGAAAGUUGAAGAGGAGAUCGGCUUUACCGACGACAGGAACUGGCACCUCUGCUUUGAGCAUGCAGAAGUGGACGCAUUCGAGAAGUCGCUUGCGCAAGCUGCCCAGCACGAUGGACUGCGUAAGUUCGUCGAGCAGGUGCGUCGCGUGCCUAAGGAAGAGGUCAAUAGACGCAUGGACAAGCCAGUAGGUAUCGUGGGAGUGUACGAGAUCCCCGGGGCAACGCUGCACCCCCGUGCGCUCGUGUCCGUCAUCUACCGGCGUGCGGAACGCAUCGCUCGUGACAAGGGUAUCUCUCUCAAUGUCAUCACUCAUUCGCCCGUCGUCGGAAUCACAUCGUCCUCACCAGAGCUCACCACCCUCACCACGGUCAAAGGCGAUAUCAACGCCAAAUUCGUUGUACAUGCUACCAACGGGUACACAUCCCACCUUCUCCCGCACCUCAGCUCCAGCGAUAACGGCAUCAUCCCCACACGAGCACAGGUUGUUGCAGUCGCCCCCACACAGCGCAAGCACCUGUGGGGGAUGGCGUUGAGUGCAGGUGGCGGGUACGAGUACGGCCAUCAACGCCCUACUUCCGAGUCAUCAUCGCUCAGCGGCGCCCCAGGCGCACCGCUGUACAUCUUCGGUGGAGGGCGCGAGUACGCCGACGGCCGCGAAUGGGGCGUUGCAGACGAUACCUCGCUCAACUCCCAAGUGUCGUCGUUCCUCCAUACGUACUUGUCCAACACCUUCCCGCGCUCGUACAGCGGUGAGGAGGUGCAGAUGGAAUGGACCGGUGUAAUGGGGUACACGAAGAGCAAGGAUCCCCUCGUGGGACCUGUGUGGAAAGUGCAAGAGGGAGCGAGGAAGGGCAGGGAGUACUUGGCAGCGGGGUACAGUGGACACGGGAUGACCAGGGCGUUUGGGUGUGCACAGGUCGUUGCAGACAUGGUGUGGGCUGAUUCGAAUAGGGUCGCGUGGAGGAAGAAGGAAGAUUUCCCGACCUGUUAUCUCACUGCAGGGGCGAAGGAGGAAGGGAUGUGGCUCAAGGAGUGGAGUGCGGACAAGGUGCAAGAGGGCGAAGGAAAGGGCUCAAAUGUCGGAAACGACUCGUUCCAAGCCAGACCAGCCUCAGGCUCGACUUCUGCUAUCAACUGCUGCAACGUUGUAUAA